AUGUCUCAGUACAACUUCAAAAAGAUCGCCACGGUCCCCACGGCGAAGGAUUUCAUCGACAUCGUCCUCUCCAAAACGCAACGACAAACACCGACGGUCAUCCACCGAGGCUACGCCAUCACGAGAAUUCGCCAGUUUUACAUGAGGAAAGUGAAAUAUACUCAGCAAAGUUGGCACGAGAAGUUAUCGAGAAUAUUGGAGGAUUUCCCUAGAGUGGACGACGUGCACCCGUUUUAUUCGGAUUUGUUGAACGUUCUGUACGAUAAGGAUCACUACAAAUUAGCGUUGGGGCAGUUGAAUACGGCGAGAAAUAUAAUCGAUAAAAUUAGCAAAGAUUACGUGAAGCUUUUAAAGUACGGGGAUUCACUGUACAGAUGCAAACAACUGAAAAGAGCCGCGAUGGGGAGGAUGUGCACGAUGAUGAAGAAGCACGCGGCGAGCUUAGCGUAUUUAGAGCAAGUGAGACAGCACAUGUCGAGAUUGCCGUCGAUCGAUCCGAACACGCGGACGAUCUUGGUGUGCGGGUAUCCGAACGUCGGCAAGUCGUCGUUUAUGAAUAAAGUGACCAGAGCGGACGUGGAGGUGCAGCCGUACGCGUUUACGACGAAAAGUAUAUACGUCGGGCACACGGAUUAUAAGUAUUUGAGGUGGCAGGUUUUGGAUACCCCGGGGAUUUUAGAUCGACCUUUGGACGAGAGGAACACGAUCGAGAUGCAAUCGAUCACCGCUUUGGCGCAUUUACGCGCCGUGGUUUUGUACGUCGUAGAUAUUUCCGAGCAGUGUGGGUUUACUAUUAAGCAACAGUCGGAUUUAUUUCACUCCAUCGCGCCUUUGUUCGCGAAUAAACCGUUGGUGGUGGCUUUGAAUAAAACAGACGUGGCGAAAGUAGAAGAAUUGAAAGAGUCGGACAGAGAGUUGUUGGAGGACAUGAGGAAGUUUGUCGCGGGACCUUCGACGUUGCAGCUCGGUGAGGACGACGGCGAGCACCAACAGUUACCGACGAUGUCCACGCUGAGCGAAGAUGGCGUCGCAGACGUGAAGAAUUUGUGCUGCGAUCGUUUGUUGGCGAUGCGCGUGGAACAAAAGUUAGCCGGUCGAAGAGCGGGGGAUAUUUUAAAUCGAUUGCACGUGGCGCAACCGAAAGCGAGAGAUUCAAAGUCUAGGCCGCCGUCGAUACCGGCGAAUUUGGAAGAAAUGAAAGCGAGAAAAGCGAGAGGGGAGAAAAUCAUCACAGAAAAAGAUUUACAAGAGCAAAACGGCGGCGCGGGUGUUUACUCCGCCGAUUUCAACAAGCACUAUUUGUUAGCGAACGACGAGUGGAAGUACGACGUCGUUCCGGAAAUUUACAACGGGAAAAACGUGGCGGAUUUCAUCGACCCGGAAAUCGAGGCCAAGUUAGCCGAGCUGGAACGCGAAGAGGAGGAGUUGGAGAAACAAUGGGAGGCCGAAGCGCAUUUGAGAGAACCGAAGGAAGCGCCGUUGACGGAGGAAGAAAAACAAUUGUUGGGAGAAAUCAAACUGAGAAGGAAAAAGUUAGUCGCGGAACACCGACGGAAGAAAUCCGUCGCCGGGAACUCGUCGAAGAUUCCAGCCUCGAAAGCGGACCCGGAAGGCAAACGCACGACGAGAAACAUGAAAGACUCGUUAGAGAGUAUGGGAUUAGACGCGGACAAGGCGGUGGAAAGAGCGCGAAGUCAAUCGAGAGGCCGAAAACGCGAACGGUCCUCCUCUCGAUUCCAAGAAGGAGGAGACGGCGACGUGGACGAAGACAUGGAAGGCGUGGAGAAAAAACGAACCCACUCCUCGCGCUCGCGUUCCAAAUCCGUCGCCAAAAGAGUCGCCCAAACGCCCGCGAGCGGUUCCGGUCUCAAAAACGCCGAAGCGAACAUCAAAGCGCAACGCUUAGCCGAUUUGGCGCAAAGGAAAUCGAGUAAAAAAGCGCGCUCGGGCGAAGGCGACAGAGUUAUCGUCACCAAAAUGCCAAAACACUUGUUCUCCGGUAAAAGAGGGAACGGGAAAACCGAUCGGCGUUAG